UUCGAAGGAAGAUAAUAGAUUCUCAGGCAGUCUUACUUGGCCAUCGCGCCGUUGCCAAUAAAUCUCGUCUCGAACGUAUGCGAAGUCUGACAGGGCGAAGUACGAAUACCCUGUCACCCUCUGAAUCGGCUGGGCGCGGUUCACCAACCAAUUUACGGACCAGUGCACUGUCUCUUCGACUCGCCAUCCGCUAGUUAAAGAGUCCUCUAGUAUCAAUUGCUGUGGCAUGUUUGGCGGGCUGCUGCUUAGAACACCUCCGGAAGUCAGAUACACCAGCUGCUUCUCGUCAAUGAACAGCAAGUCGUUCAAUUGCUCCACCAUCCAUAUCAAGCUAAGAUUCGCUGGCCGAAGGUUCCUAUUCCCACCUCCGACAUCGCUAUGAUGGCCCAGAAACCAGCACUGCCUGAGCGUCUGGCCGGGCACCUUGUGCCAAAGCUUUGGCUUGAAUACACCUCGCCGUUCAUUCAAAGCGAGGGCUUGAAACGCAUAGUCAAUAUUAUCGCAGACAGCCAUAUCAACAUGGCGAAGCUCGGAUCCCCUGCCGAAAUGCGUUGAUCUGACAGAAUCCCAUAGCGCACAAGCUUUGACACGAAUGUUGGAGUGGCAAAUCUUGCCCUUUUCUCUCAGCUUAUCUUGGAGGGCUUCCAUCAUCUUAUCGCGUUGAUCAACGGUGUACGUGUUCCAUAGUCGAUCAGCUUGUGCUUUCCACUUAUUCCGGAUCUCUUCAAGCGUUUUUCGGUCGAGCGAAUCCUUGUCCAGGAGUCCAAUGUCUUUGAGUAAGAGUAUUAAGACUCGAGCGGUGAAGGCUCCCCGAGAGAACCCGGUCAAGAAUAUCUCAUCGUUUGGUGACUGCCAGUUCUUGCACAACCAUUUGUAUCCUUUCAUCGCCUUCUCCAGAAUAUCUAGCCAGGUUUGAUGAGCCAUGCAGAUCCUCGGAAUAUAGAAAUAACUUACUCGCGCCUAAUGCUCCUUCU